AACAUCACACUAACACAAAUCGAACCCUAAACUAAACAAAUUUCCAUGGAGAGAAAAACACACAUUGCAGUAGUUUCAGUUCCCAUUGUUAGCCAUCAAAUAGCAAUUUCAAACUUCAUCAAGAAACUCUUUCAUCUUCAUCCUAACAAGUUUCACAUCACCUUAAUCAUUCCUGUACUAGAAUCACUUUCCAAUGCUUCCAAAUCCAUAACUCUUUCUCUUUCAUCUCUCAACGUAGAUACCGUUGUUCUUCCCCCAAUCAACUUGCCUCAAGAAACUGUCCCUACACUCAAACUACCUCUUGCUAUGUCUCUUGCUAUGCCAUUAAUCCUUGAUGCAUUGAACUCAAUAACUUCAACAACAAAAACAUCAAAACUAGUUGCUAUAGUAGCUGAUUAUUUUGCUUAUGAAGUUUUCUCAUUUGCCAAAAAACUCAACAUUUUGUCUUACACUUUUUUUCCUUCAUCAGCCACAGUGCUAUCUCUUUGUUUUCAUUCAAAAGUUCUAGAUGAAACAAUUUCCGGUGAAUUCAGAGACUUCCAAGAACCGAUCAAAAUCCCCGGCUGUGUACCUAUUCAAGGAACUGAUCUUCCAUCUUCAUUUCAAGAUAGGACUAGUGAAUCUUACAACCAUUUUCUUCUCCGAUCGAAAGGGAUAAAUCUUUGCGACGGUAUUUUAGUCAAUAGCUUUGUAGAAUUGGAAUCAAAAGCAGUUGAAGCCAUGAAUGAAGGAAGCAUUAAUGGUUCUCACCCUCCUGUUUACAUGGUUGGGCCAAUCAUGCAAAAAAAUAGUGACGAUAAUCAAAAUGAGUCACAAUGUUUAUCAUGGUUAAAUGAACAAAAACCAAAUUCUGUGGUUUUUGUUUCAUUUGGUAGUGGAGGAACAAUUUCUCAAAACCAAAUGAAUGAGUUAGCAUUAGGGUUGGAAUUGAGUUCUCAAAAGUUUCUAUGGGUUGUGAGAGAACCAAAUGAUAUAGCAACUGCUAAUUAUUUUGCUGUUUCUAAACCUAAUUCCUUAGAGCAAAAAGAUCCUUUGUGUUUUUUACCAAAAGGGUUUAUAGAAAGAACACAAAAGCAAGGUUUUUUGGUUUCAAAUUGGGCACCACAAGUUGAGAUUCUUAGUCACAAAGCAAUUGGUGGAUUUGUUACACAAUGUGGUUGGUUUUCAACACUUGAGUGUGUUGUGAAUGGGGUGCCAAUAAUUGCUUGGCCACUCUUUGCUGAGCAGAAAAUGGUUGCAACCAUUCUAGCUAAUGGGAUUAAAAUUGCUAUAAGGCCAAAGAUUGAUAAUGUGAGUGGUGUUGUGGAAAAAGGUGAAAUUGUGAAUGUGUUGAAGAGGUUAAUGGAAGGAGAUGAAGGGAUUGAGAUUCUUCAAAGGAUGAGAAUCCUACAAGAUGCUGCUUCUGCUGCAAUAGAAGUUGAUGGAUCUUCCAUAGCCACCAUUUCUCAAUUGGUCACAAAAUGGACCAAUGUGAAAGUCUAAAAUGAAAAUUAGUUUCAUAAUAAUCAAAAUCUCAUAAUUUUGAUAUUUACUCUCUAUGCAUAUUUGUAUGUCAUUUGUGUUUCUUAGCUUGGUUAAACUUUAACUUUUGUAUGAAUAAACAAAUAGAUUCUCCUUUAGUUUUUUGAAAUUAUUACAAAGCACUACUUGAAAAAUGUGAGAUACUUUUGCAAGGAACAUUGAAAAGUAUGGUAUUAUGAUUGACAUGGGAU